AUGAGCGCGUCCAGCGCGGCGCGCUCCACCCGCACCCGCAGGAACCUACCUGGGCCGAGCCGGGCCGCCUGGGCGCCCGAGCCGGGCCGCGGCUCCUCCCGACGGGGCCGGGCCCUCCGGAGCCGGGGUGGGGGCGGGGCCCGCUGGGGGAGCCAGGAGCUCCGGGGGCGUGCGGCGGGGGUCCCUUGGGUGCGGCUCCCGAGCUCGCGCCGCGCCGUGAGGCAGCCGCGCAGGGGCCGCCGCCGGGCCGCCGCCGGGCCCAGGGCUCCGCGCCGGGGCCGCCGGAAGGUGCUCCGCCAGGGCGGUCCGGGCGGCCGCGGUGCGGCGGGAAAUGCGUCCCCGGGAAACCGCGCCCGGCUGCCGAAGGGCCGGCCUCGGGGAUGGGGCGGAAGGAGGUCGGAAGUCGGCUCCGCCCACCGCGGGAGGCGGGGCUCGCGGGGCUCCGGCUGGGGCCGCCGGGGCUCGCCCCCUCGCCCGAGCCGGGUGUGGCCGGCGUCCGACGCGCGCCCCGCCCUUCCUCCCGAGGGGCCCGGCGCUGAAGCCCCGCCUCGGCCGCGCGCGGAACCCCGCAAGGCUCCCCUGGCCGAACGCGCUGUGUUACGGCGGGAACCACCCCCCCGCGAGCGCCCCGGCCGGCGGCCCCGGGCCCGGCGGGCUCUCCCCUCCCCGGACCGCCGCUGCGUAGCCACCGCCGAGCCCCCGCGCGCCCGGGGAGCGGGCGCCGCCGUCCCUCCGCAGGCUGACGGCAGCCCCCGCGCACAGCCCCGAAAGGCGGGGAAGUCUUUCCGCUGGCAGAGCCGAGUUUCAUUUUACCAUCUCAGCCUUGAAGGGUCCAACGCUCCCAGGGGAUCGGGGCUCCUCAACACGACCGCGCGUCACUGA